UUGAAUAAUUUCAAGAUUUCUUCCUGAUUUCCUGGGUUUCUUUCCUCUUGUUUUAAUUUUACUGUGGUAAAGAAGUCUGAAAAAGCCCAUCUCAUCUUAGAGAAACAUUUUUCUGCGCAUUCAUCUACACAGAAACACUUUAAACAUCUCAGAGUUGUUUGCUGAGACAAGAUGGCAACGCUGGCAGUUUGGACAACGGUCUUGCUAUUAUUUGGAUUGUGUACUCCACCAUCACUGGGUGUUGAAGAGGACUGUCACCCUCUGAAUAUGGCUCCAAACUCUGUUGAUGACAUGUACAAUGGCUGUGAACAUGACAUGAAAAGAAAAAUAGAGCCUCUGCUAAAUGAGGAGCAGCGAGAGGAAUUCAAAGAUGUCUGGAUUGCAGCACAUAACUACUAUAAGAAGAAGAUUUUAUACUACAACAUCUUGUAUAAAUUGAAGUCCUUACUGUUAAAUACCCCAAAGCUGAAGAAAAAACAAAUCAUGGCUAUUCAUGCUUACACCCUUGAGAAACCAACAUUAUACAAGAAAUUCAAUGAGGCAGUCCGAACGCAAAAACCUGAUUAUAACACAGAAAAUUUUAAAUAUCAUGCAAUGCAUUUCUUCCUCACAAUGGCCCUGCGCUCUCUCAACCACAACUCAAAGUGUGUCACCAGUUACCGGAGAACCAAGUGUAACUUUGAAACGACCAUCAACAGUGAGAUUCGCUUUGGUACUUUUACCUCAAGCACAGAGGGAUCUCAUCCUCCUGUUGUAUUUGGUAACAAAACAUGCUUUGAGAUUUACACCUGCUUUGGAGCAGGCAUCUCAAAGUUUUCAAAGUUUCCAAAAGAAAAAGAGGUUCUGAUUCCCCCAUAUGAGGUUUUUAAAGUAAAAAAGAUACAGAAAAGAUCUGCAACAAAUUCACUUUGGUGUGAUGCUGUCUAUAAACUAGAAAGCACAAAAAAACCACGUUCCGAAUUAAACUGUGCCCUCACCAAAAAACCAUCGGCAGGUUAUUAGUGAAAAAUAAGUGAUAAAAGCCGCGCUAUGCUGAGCUGGACAUUAAUUGAGAUUCCUUUUAGAGAUAUGCGCUUCCAAGCUUAUUUUCUUACACAGCAAACUA